GCCCGGCCCAAGCCCCUCCUAACCUUCCCGGCCCCUCUCAGCUUCGUCUCUCAUUCCCUCUGCAGCGUCAUGCGGUUUUCUCUUUGCGUCCUGAUGUUCUUGGGGCUCCUGGGGGUCCUGCGCUAUGGCGGUGCCUCAGGUCUGCUUGAGCUCUCCUUGGGAAAAUUCAGAAAUGUGCUCCUCAACCAAACCAAUUCAGUGGAAGCUGUAAUCAGGAACAUUGCAAACAAUGUGACUGUUGUUAUUUUUCAAGUACAUGCUCAGCAAAGUGAUGUGAUGAUAUCUUUUAAUAAGAUUCCAUCUGUGAACAGCUCAGCAAUUGGAGUAGACAAAGGAUUGGUUUCCAUCCUUCGGCCUCUACAGAGUGUAUGUACGUGGCACCUUUGGUCUCUGGAUGCUAACCAGGUGCUUAGCACAACUAUCUCUGUUCCCUACAUGGAGAAAGAUCCUAUUCCUGGAGGCUGCAAUCUAGAAUUUGACUUGGAAGUGGAUCCAAAUAUUUACCUAGACUAUACAUUGAUAGAUACACACAUCAAGUUUGCCCCUGCAAACUUGGGCUAUACCAGAGGAGCAAACCCACCAUCCUGUGAUUCAGGGACUGAUGAGAACUCCAGAUGGCGACUGCGCUAUGAUGUCUACCAGUACUUCUUACCAGAGAAUGAUCUCUCUGAGAUGGUACUCAUGAGCCACAUAAAGAAGAUGUCUGAGGUGCAAAGUGUCAAAGCUAAUGGCAUUAAAAUGGUUACAUUGACAGCUGAUGACAAGACCAAUGUCUACUUUUCCUCACUUCCUGGGCAAGGUGUAAUCUACAAUGUCAUAGUGUGGGAUCCUCUUUGGAAUACUUCUGCUGCAUACGUACCUGUGCAUACAUAUGCUUGCAGCUUUGCUGACCUAGUGGAUAACUGCUCUUCUCUCAGUAAACUCUCUACCAAAGUAUUCUUCACUACUCUUGCAGUUCUUGGUCUUUUCACUUGCUUUUUUGGGCACAGAUUCUGGAAAACAGACUUAUUCUUCAUGGGCUUCAUAGUCGCAGGAUUCUUCUUCUUUGUCUUUAUAACUAGAGUAACUGUCCUUGGUUAUGAUGUGCGUCUUACUUUGACAGCAGUAGCUGGAAUUACUGGAGGGCUUUUCCUGGUUGCAAGCUGGUGGAGAUUUGGCUCUGUCAUAUUCUGCAUGUUUAUUAUUGGGCUUGUGCUGGGAUUUCUCUUCUCAUCAACGAUCUUCUUUACUCCACUAGGAGACUACAGGGUGUUCCGUGACGAUGUUGUGUUCUGGGUGACCUUUUCUUCUGUAGCAUUGAUGGUUCCAGUGCUUUUUGUUGGCUGUCCAAGAAUUCUGAACAUACUGGCCUCUGGAAUAGUAGGCUCUUAUGCUGUGAUUCUAGCUACUGCUUGCUAUGUCUACACAAGUCUUGCUUACAUCUCCUUAGACCUACUCAGAAGAGUCCUCAAUGAUUACUUCAACAGAGCUUACACCAAUGUGCCUUUUCAAACAAACGACUUCAUUAUCCUGUCAGUAUGGACAAUGCUGGCCCUCAGUGGAGUAACUGUGCAGCUCCGCCGAGAAAGGAGUGAAGUCCCCUUCCCACCACACCCCUAUCUCGCCUGGAAGCGGGAAAGAGAGCGCAGAAGCACCAAUGUCUUAGACCCCAGUCAUCAUAUCCCUCCCCUAAGAGAGAGGAUCCAUAACAAGCUACUGCAUAUAAAAGACUUCUUUCAGAAAGAGCAGCCAGCUGGGGAAAGAACUCCGUUGCUUCUGUAACUUGACGACUAACUGCUGGGAACAGAGAGGAAAAGUCUAGGAACGGUGCAAACCAGCCAAUGGGGCAGGAUUUACCACUGCUAACUUGUCCUGCUUAAUAAGAGGAUCAUAUUUGCCCCACCUGGAAGAGAAGUUAUCUGUCCAGUACACUACAUGCUGUUUGGUGACUCUUUCCUCACUGGUCCCCUCAGCCUGCUGUAAGUUGUAUGUCUAGCUGCAGAAUCUUGUACCAGCAGUCAAGUACAGGUAUUUAUCUUGUGGUGAUCUAGUUUGAUGUUUAGGUACGUGAAGUAUAAAACAGCCUUUGGAAAGCAACCUGUACAAUGCUGGUUCUUCUCUCACAGUAUGGAAACCAUUGCUGAAAUAUUGCCUGACUCACCCCUGAAGGUGAGCAUUCUAUCAAAUUGUGAGGAAGGAGAGAUAAGGACCAUACCCAGAAGUUCUUCAAGCAGGAACUGAAGUAUCUCCUUCUAAUAUAGGUACAAAAUGUGUGGCUGCAGACACAAUUAUUUCCAAGAAAUAUUGCUGAAUCUUGUAAGCUAAACUAAGUGACUGGAAUUUAAACUGCACUGAAUUAACUGUUUUAAGUGUGCACACUGGGGCUCAGGAAGUGGACCUGAUCCGAGUCAAGAAGACUUUCCACUUGCAGCUGGUUCUGUAGCAACCUGGUCAUCUGGUCUCUGUGCAGAGAUGACUGCUAAGAGAACACAAGAGGUUUGUCUCCUUGCUUGCUUUCUGAACAGCUUGUGUCUUGUUUCUGCUCUAGUAUAAUCCUCUCUUUUGAUGGUGCUGUCAUAAAAGAAAACUAAAUAAGCUCUUUGUAGCCAACAGCAGCUUUUUGCCUGGAAUUGGUUGAAACACUAUUUUUAAUCAACGGAUCUUUCAAUUUUGCCUUUUAAGGGCUGAAAACAGCAUCCAGCUGGUAAAAUACUAACCAGGAACCUUGCUGACAGAAUGUUUUCCUUGCCAUUUGGAUUGCAUCUACCCAAAGAAGAAUGUAUUAAAACAGAUAAGGGACCACUGCUGUGUUCAGUGAGCUGUGAUCUCAUAUGGUGACUUCAUGCGAUUCCUUAAAAAUAAAACAGCCAUUUUCAAAGUCUAAACUGGAGCACUGUGGGCUUGGCUCACAUAAAUGCACAAGCAAAUCUUGAGGCUGUCCUUGGUUUUACCUGUCCUUGUCCCCCAUGCCCAAUGCUGGUCUCCAAGUUCAGUGUUUACAUGGUGACCUGCCAUGCAUUAAAGAAUUAUUGAAGUCCUAUGUCCUGUACUUUGAUAAUGGGUUAUCAUGCCUCUUCCUUAUUAUUAUCUUUAAGUGUGGACAGCAAAGUACAUAGUCCUUCCUGUCUGAAGGAAAAUUGCUGUUCUGCUACCUGAAUGGAACCACCAGAAGUGAAUACCCUAGUGGUGGAAACUUAAGUUCUUGACCAUCACUUUAAUUCUCAAUGUAAGAGUCUACUCAUGAUUAAGGAAAUUUGCAAAAGAACUUCCACUGACUAAUUAGUUGGAAGUUAAAACACCCUGGCAAUAGAAAGGAAUCAAUGACUUUAAAAUUAUUUUACUUACUAUCCAUUUCUCUUUAAGGAGUGAAAGCUUAGUGACAUAGUAUCUGAGGUCAUUGAGAUGAUCUGAUGUUUAGAGAGAAAUCCCAUGACUGCUUGGAGCUGAAACAUCUUCAAACAGCAGAGCAGAGCUGAAAUCUUGCAGUUUGGGUUUUGUUUCACUGUGGUGUUUUGUGGCCCAUGAGGCUAAACAAAAAGCUGUUUCCCUGAUGUCUGGCAGACUUGCUGCACUGAUACUAAGCAUGUCUUUGCCAUAUUCAGUGGCAAAUAGCAGACAAUUAUUUGGUAUAUAAACGCUCUUAAACAUGUUUACUUUGAUUUUUAUAACUGCUGUGAUUAACAUUGUGGAAAAAAACAAGUUUAACUCUAAUUUUCUAUAUCUUUUAAAAUAAAGAUGUCUUUUG